CAAUCAGCCGUCGAACCAUUGGGAGAAAGACGAGAGAGAGAGAGAGAGAGAGAGAGAGAGAGGCGAUGGCGUGUGUGAUGAGGCUUCUCGGUCUCCUCUUCGUCCUCGUCUGCUCGCUUUCGCUUCCCCUCCCUUCUUUCCACAGUGUCGUGGCAACGGGGCAACGGGAGUUCGAUUACUUCGUGCUGGCGCUGCUGUGGCCGGGCACCAUCUGCCAGGCCACCCACCAUUGCUGCUCCUCCAACGCCUGCUGCAGAUCAAACCCUUUGCCCGAGUUUACGAUCCAUGGACUGUGGACUGACUAUAAUGAUGGGAGCUGGCCGGCAUGUUGCAGCCACUCUGAUUUUGAUAUAAAAAAGAUUACCUCGUUGUUACCAACUCUUGAGAAGUAUUGGCCAUCCUUAUACUGCAGUUCUUCAUCUCUUUGCUUCGGUGGAAAGGGAUUGUUUUGGGCACAUGAGGAGGUUCUUAAUAAUGCUGGUAUUCUGGCAACCAACGGAGAAAAAUAUCCAUUAGGGGAUGUUGUAGCCACCAUUAAAAGGGCCUUUGGAGCAACACCAUUGCUGGUCUGCAAGCAUGGUUCACUGGAAGAACUCAGAUUGUGCUUUUACAAGGAUUACAAGCCUAGGGACUGUGUGACCGGGUCUGACAUCUUGAAUGGCAUGCCACACUCGAGAAACUCCUGCCCUCGAUAUAUUACCUUACCAACAUAUACUCCUCUUGGGCUUGCUGAUAGCAGUAAAAUGACGUUGGAAGAAUUUGACGCACUCACUGUGGCUUAGAGGGUAUGUAUGUAUAUUUUUCACAUAGGAAGAAAGUUGAAACAAUAAUGCGAUAUGAAAGGCGCAUAUGAUAUAAAAUGUUCAAAUACCGAUAAUAUUGAAAGACGCAUUUUGCUUGAA